UUUAGUUUACACACUAUAACAACAAAAUUAUUGUGGACGCAAGAUGCAAAUAUUUGUUCUCAUUUGUUUAUUGGUUAUUAUUCCAACAUGUAUCUCACAAGGAAACAGAACAAGAAAUAGAGCUAACCAAGACACCAAGGCCGACAGGAGACAAUGUCGGGAUUGCAGGCGAUUCUUUGAAGGGGAUAACUUUCAGCUGUGUCUUAAGUUAUUUUGCAGCACUGACAAGACCAGAAAGAAUUUGAAGAAUGGUAAAAGAUGCAGUUCUUGUACUAAGUUCAGGGCCCAGAAAAAACAACAAACGUGUCAGGCAGUGUUCUGUUCAGUACCUACUUCUCUUGAUCCGACCACAUUUAGGAGAAUAGCCACAGCUUUUACAGUGGACAUGUUGUGUCAAUAUUGUAGGACAAGAAGGAAUCGUAAUUGUCUUCGAAAGUUUGCUUGUCAACGCUAAAGAGAGGAUCAACGUGCAUGCAUACACACAUAGAUAUAGGAAGAUGUGGUAUGUGAGACACAUUGACACAUACAUGUGGAUAGAAACAAGUGCCUGUGUUUGUAACAUGUUAUAUUAUCGACUACAAAACAUGGAACUAUUAUAAUGAAAGCUUAUCAGAAUAUUGUGUUUGAUCCCAUUAAUUUUGCAUAAAAUAUAAUUUAAAUGUGUUUUAAUUUUAAGCGAUUCAACUGUUUAUUUAUAUAGUAUAUGGCUUAUCGAUUAAUUAAAGGUAUUUUCUUA